AUGGAAUUGAGAAAUGACACCAGAGUGAAAGAAUUUAUAUUUCUGGGUCUUACACAGUCCCAAGACCUGAGCCUGGUUUUAUUUCUUUUUUUGUGUUUUGUGUACAUGACAACUCUGCUGGGCAACCUUCUCAUCAUGGUCACUGUGACCUGGGAGUCCCGCCUUCACACCCCCAUGUACUUCUUGCUCCGGAAUCUAGCCAUCCUGGACAUCUGCUUCUCCUCCAUCACUGCUCCUAAGGUCUUGGUGGACCUUCUGUCAAAAAAAAAGACCAUUUCCUACACAAACUGUAUGACUCAGAUGUUUUUCUUCCACCUUCUUGGGGGGGCAGACAUUUUUUCUCUCUCUGUGAUGGCGUUUGAUCGUUACACAGCCAUCUCUAAACCCCUGCACUAUGUGACCAUCAUGAGCAGUGGGAGGUGUGCAGCCCUUAUUGCAGCCUCCUGGAUGGGGGGCUUUGUCCACUCCAUCGUACAGAUCUCCUUGUUGCUCCCACUGCCCUUCUGUGGACCUAAUGUUCUUGACACUUUCUACUGUGAUGUCCCACAGGUCCUCAAACUGGCCUGCACCGACACCUUUGUUCUUGAGCUCCUGAUGAUUUCCAACAAUGGCCUGGUCACUACCCUGUGGUUUAUCUUCUUGCUGGUGUCCUACACUGUCAUCCUGAUGAUGCUGAGGGCACAGUCAGGGGAAGGCAGGAGGAAAGCCAUCUCCACCUGCACCUCCCACAUCACUGUGGUCUCCCUGCAUUUUGUGCCCUGCAUCUAUGUCUAUGCCCGGCCCUUCACAGCCCUCCCCACGGAUAAAGCUAUUUCUGUCACCUUCACAGUCAUGUCCCCUCUGCUCAACCCCUUGAUCUACACUCUGAGGAACCAGGAGAUGAAGUCAGCCAUGAGGAGACUAAAAAGAAAACUCUUGCUUUUUGAAAAGGAAUAG